UAGAUAUCUGUGUCAACUUUUACUGGUAAAAACCACAGUUUCAAAUCUGCAAUUCAGUCUUUACUAUCACUUUUGCCAUUCCUGUAUAUGAGGUUCGUCAUUAUAGAUAUCUACAAUUCAAGUUCGACUGGAAUUAGAGAUAUCUACAAUUCUGUGGCAGUUAAUUGUAGAUAUUCUGACUAGUAAGAAUGUCGUCACAGAUAUCUCCAACUACAAUUCAUACUAGUCACAAUGAAAUUACAACUUGUCAAAAUGACGUCACAUACAUCUGUAAUAGUAAUUCCCAACAGACAAACUUGACGAUUAAAUAUUAAAAAUGCCUGCACUGACAAAGCUGCAUAGACAAGUUUAACGGUGCUGGUGACGUCACGCGGAGUCAGUCAGUCCUGACAGGAAGCGGCGUCGUGUGUCUGUCAGUUAGCCGAACGUCAUGAAUGAAGAUGAAGCCCACUGUGCCACUUCUACUCUUGGUCCUCCUGACUUUCACGAGACUGAGCCGAGCCCAGGUCAGGACGUCUCUUCUGGACUUGACCAACAACAUCGGCGGCGUCCUUCCCAGCCUCAGCCGGCCGGCGAACCACAGCCGCAUCUUUUAUGCUGUGAUGUUUGAUGCUGGUAGCACAGGAACACGUAUCCAUGUUUACACCUUCAUCCAGAGUGACUCAGAGAAACUGCCUGUUUUGGACAAUGAGAUGUUCCACUCCAUUAAGCCUGGUUUGUCAGCAUAUGCUGACUCCCCCGAAAUGGCUGGACACACGGUGAGGUUGCUGUUGAAGGUGGCAAAGAGGACUGUGCCUCGCCUGGAGUGGAAGAGAACUCCUGUGGUCCUCAGAGCCACCGCUGGACUCCGGCUGCUGGCGGCAGAGAAAUCUCAGGCUCUUCUGGACCAGGUUCAACAUGUGUUUGAUGAGUCUCCCUUUUUGGUCCCAGACAACAGCGUGACUAUAAUGAAUGGCACUAAUGAAGGAAUCCUGGCUUGGAUGUCUUUGAAUUUUCUGACUGGUCACUUGAACGCACAAACCAAGAAAACGGUGGGAAUAUUGGAUCUGGGAGGUGGAUCUACACAGAUCACUUUCCUGCCAAAACUACAGAAAACAAUUGAAAGUGUUCCCGUCGCUGAUUACAUCGUCAGCUUUGACAUCUUCAACUCAACGUUUCAGUUGUACACUUACAGUUACCUAGGAAAUGGACUGAUGGCAGCUCGUCUGGCUACUCUGGGUGCUCUGGGUGCUGAAGGGUUGGAGUGGCGCAUUUUCAAAAGUUCCUGUCUGCCAAAGAAGUUCAGGGAUGAAUGGAGCUUUGGAGGUCUGAUCUAUCAAGUGAGCGGUGACCCUGAGGGUGAGACAGGAUUCAAGCUUUGUUAUCAAGAAGUACUUAAGGUGGUGAAGGACAUUAUUCAUCAGCCGUAUGAGCUGCAAGACAGCAACGUUUUCUAUGCAUUCUCCUAUUACUUUGACAGAGCUGUGGAUGCAGGCCUUAUCGGUGGGGACCAAGGAGGGAGGCUGGAGGUCAGAGACUUCAAGAAGAGGGCUAAAGAAGUGUGCAAUAAGAUGACCAAGUAUCCUCCCAUAAGCCCCUUCCUGUGUAUGGACAUGGCCUACAUCACUUGUCUGCUCAAGGAUGGAUUUGGCUUUAAGGAGAACACAGUGCUGCAGCUGUCCAAGAAAGUCAACAACGUGGAGGCGAGCUGGGCACUGGGCGCCAUGUUUGACCACUUCUACAACCUGAAGAUCCACUGAGUAACAGCUGCUGAUUUAAGUGGUGCUCAUUGACAAACAACAUAUAAUGGUACGAACCUUAUCUCACAGUCCCAUGCUGCUGCUGCUGCUGCUGCUGCAUAUGGGCCGAACCAACCUCAGGGGUAAUUGCUCAUUUCUUUUAAAAUGCAAUUCAUCUCAUUAUUACAGUGAGCUAUAAAUGAGAACUGUUUCUUGCACUGGACGUUGACAUUUGGAGUGAAAAAUGUUACAGACUCAGUUUAUGCAGCUUUGAUAUCAGGGUCAUAAACUUGGCUGGUUGUGCUGUGCAAGACCAGUGUUUACAAUAUGAUACACUGUACUUCAGCAGUUUUUAAUGGCAAAUGUUUUAUCAUUACUAAUAAGGAUAAUGAGGGCAGCACAGUUUUGGGAAAGAAUAAGUGCCUCAGUGUAUUUCAACCUCCGACUUCUGUUUACAAUUAUUAUGCAGUAUGGUCUUUAUAUUAUCAUAAACUUUUUAAAACCCG